CUCCCACUCCUGCAGCGCACUUGGCUAUUCCGCGCGAGCUCGCGCGUCCCCGGCGUGAACCGGAACCGCUUGACGAAGUCGCGGCUGCGAGCCGGUCGCCGUACAAGAGCGUGGUGGGAGGCGGCCUGCGCGGCGCCGCCCGCCAUGGCCGCGGCGGGGUGAGCUCUGCGUGGGGCCGCAGUCGCGGACUCAGGCUCCUCCGCCGCGAACCAGGGGCUGAGGCCGUAGUAGCCCGGGCCGCUGCCUACUGGUCGCCGUAGCCGCCCGCUUGUCGCCGCCGUCCAUGGCGAGGCCCCGCCGCCGCCGUCGCUGCUGACCCGGGGCCGGCGCGGCUUUCGCCCUCCGCGGGGCGCGGGCGGCCCUGCCUUUACGCCCGAGCCCGCGCCCGCGCCCCGGGGCUACCAGCCAGGCGCACGACGAUGGGGAACACAACCUCGUGCUGCGUGUCGUCCAGCCCCAAGCUCCGGAGGAAUGCGCACUCGCGGCUGGAGUCCUACCGGCCCGACACGGACCUCAGCCGCGAGGACACGGGCUGCAACCUGCAGCACAUCAGCGACAGGGAAAACAUCGACGAUCUGAAUAUGGAAUUCAAUCCUUCAGACCAUCCUCGGGCCAGCACAAUAUUCCUAAGCAAAUCUCAGACAGACGUGAGAGAAAAACGCAAGAGUCUCUUCAUUAACCAUCAUCCUCCAGGCCAGACAUCAAGGAAGUACAGCUCCUGCUCUACCAUCUUCCUAGACGACAGCACAGUCAGUCAACCAAACCUCAAGUAUACCAUCAAAUGUGUAGCUCUUGCGAUAUAUUACCACAUCAAAAACAGGGACCCAGAUGGAAGGAUGCUCUUAGAUAUUUUUGAUGAAAACCUCCACCCUCUUUCGAAAUCCGAAGUGCCACCAGAUUAUGACAAACACAACCCAGAGCAGAAGCAGAUUUACCGGUUCGUUCGAACACUCUUCAGUGCUGCUCAGCUGACAGCUGAAUGUGCCAUUGUCACCCUGGUAUACCUUGAAAGGCUCUUGACGUAUGCAGAGAUUGACAUCUGUCCAGCCAACUGGAAGCGCAUUGUUCUGGGGGCAAUCCUGCUGGCCUCUAAGGUGUGGGAUGACCAGGCUGUGUGGAAUGUAGACUACUGCCAGAUCCUGAAAGACAUCACAGUGGAGGACAUGAAUGAGCUGGAGCGACAGUUCCUAGAAUUGCUACAGUUCAACAUCAAUGUUCCUUCCAGCGUAUAUGCCAAGUAUUAUUUUGAUCUUCGUUCUCUGGCAGAGGCAAACAACCUGAGUUUUCCUCUGGAGCCUUUAAGCAGGGAGCGAGCCCACAAGCUUGAGGCCAUCUCUCGUCUCUGUGAGGACAAGUACAAGGACCUGAGAAAACCCACAAGGAAGCGUUCAGCAAGUGCUGACAACCUGAUUCUGCCACGGUGGUCCCCAGCUAUCAUCUCCUAACUGGGGCACCCUCCUAAGGCCAUGCCAUCCCUCAGUUUCUCCUUUUGUUUGAGAAAAGAUGAACUUGGGGUGGUUUAUUUUGUUUUUUUCUUUUCCUUCUGUUUUUAACACAUAGCCCCAUCAAGGCUGCCUUCACACCCGCCUCCACACUGCGUUCUGUACGCAGAGAGGCUUUAAGGGACGUGAAAUCAGUGUUCUGGAACCCAGUAUCAAGCCUCCCUGGCCAUCAUGAACAGCACUUCUUUCGUGGAGGAAAAAGACUCUAAUCCUGGAGGAGGAAAUGAAGGAAAGGGAAGUUGUGUUAAGGUGGAGAGUACUUGGUAACUUGGCUGUUUCUGGGUCCCUGUCUGGCUAUAGGUACCAGAUGGAGCCAGAGGUAGGUAGCAGAGUUGAAUGCCCAUCCAAGUUGGGAGUGUCACGCAGUGCCCUUGGGAUGGGUAUGCUCUGUAAGACUUCCUGCAUUCCUUCUUGCUGCUUUCUUGGGAUUGGGGAGGGGAUUUGUUGUUCAUUUUUAUUCUGGUUUGGUUUCAAUCCCACAGAGCAGAGAAUAUAGUUUGUACUCACCAUGGCACAGACAUCCAAAUAAAUAGUACUGAUUGUUUAUCUCUGCACCAUCUCUUCUAGCUGUCUUCUGAGCUUUCUUCCUCACAAGUAAAAUGUGCUUGUUGUUUCUACACACCUGUUUUAUAAGAAUCUCUUUCAACAAUAGCAGGAUUAACUUGACUGUAGUGCUGAACCAAAAGUAUCCCUCUCCUGCCUCACCCCAAGGAAGUUCUAUUUAGAUUACAUGGGUGCUUGUGCCUUCCAGUUUUCUUGUAAUUGGUUAUUCAUGGUUUUGUUUUUGUCAUCCCUCUCCCUCCCAGGUUCUCUUUCUGCUAACAUGAAGGUGUAAUUACAAAACUCAAUCAGACUUUGUGGCUGAAGGCAAAGGUCCUCAGCAUAGGCAUCCCGGAUAGAGAAGCAUCCAGGGAGCCAGGUUUGCCUGACCUCAUUGUGAGGAGCCGUUCCAUGUGCUCCCUGCCUGGUCAUUCUUCUACUUCCAUGUCCAUUGUUGCAAGCAAUAUUCUUCUUGACUUUUAUAUGUUUACUUUAAAUCAAAUUUAGUCUAUUUGUAUACAAUUUUUUUAAAAAUCUAAAAUUUAAAAAAAAAAGGGUGGGGGGGGGGAGUGGGUGGGUGGGUAUUCCAAUGGGAAGAUCACUAAAGGGGAAAAAAUGUUACUGUUUCCUGAGGUAUUUUUCACAGAAUGAUUGAAUAAAAAAAAAAAUAACAACUUGCAUUUUCAUUGUGGGUGCUUGGAGAAGCUACACAAACUGUGAAGGCUCAUGCUUCCUUAAUUAUAACCAACUUUUGUGUUUUCUGACUGUUUCUGAUUUGCUUUGGGCUAGAUCAGAAUCUUUUGUUGAAAAAAAAUAAAAGGGUUAAAGGACCCUGUCCGUGAGAAAAUCUGACCUGAAGUCUAAGAAUCCAAGUCUCUCAUGCACAAGUGCUUUGCUUCUGCUCAUCUUCUUAGCUUAAAGUGAUGGAGAUUUGUGAGUUUUUCCUUGUUUGAGACACUUAAACAAAUGCUAGCGCCCUCUUCUGUGUGAGCUAGGAAGAGUUUAGAAUUGUCUGUUAGUGUUAAAUACUCUAAAAUCACAUGCCUGACCCCAACAGGCAUCUCUCCAUGGAGCACACUUUGGAAGUGGAAGGAACAAAGUGUCAAAAUCCCAAGAGCAUGGAGCCAGAAAUGUUAGUCAGGGUUCAGUGGAAUAUGUGUUGUGCAGUCAUGUUUCCAGUGAGAAAUAUGAGCAAGUUCUGGUCUAAACUUCUGAAGCAGGAAGUGAAAAAUUAACUACCCUCCAAUUACACCUCUGAUGGUUUGUUCUGAGUGGGAAACAAAAUCAGCUUCUCUUUUGAAAACCCUUAGGCAGAGGUCUAAAAGUGCAGAAAGUGUCGUUUCGUAUCCUCUCAUCUCUAUAACUCUAAAAGGGACCUAUUUUUCUUAGCCAAAUAUGAAUACCUCUUAGACAAAUUCCUUCCUCUCGUGUAUAAUACCUUAUUUUACCAGCCCGUUUCAGGAAAGAACUGCUGACUUGAUAGCAGAAAUCUUAUUUUUAUUCCUUUUAUUUGAAUGCGAGAUUUGGAAAUUGACUUAUGUAAAUAUUUCAAUGCACCUGAUACUAUUUUGUGGAGUUUAUUAAACUACUUUAAAAGAUUGUACAGUCUAUUUAUUGUAUUGUGUACAUACAGUCUGAUAUCUGCCAUCAAUAGUGACUCCUUAUGGCCUGGCUCAGUUUUAUUCAGACUGUUGGCUGUUGUGUUCAAGCCUUGUGCACUGGACUCUACCUCUGAAUAGGAAACUUUUCCCUACUCAUCAGUGAGUGUUAAUUUGUAUUAAUUAGUUGUGUUUCUUGCACUAAGGAUUUCAGUUGUACCUUUUUGCUUGAAUCACUAGGCAUGUAGGUAGAGACCCAUUUCAUUUUCCUGUACAAUGAUAAGGACUUACUUUUUGUUCUCUGGUGGCUCCAAGUUUGCCAGAAGAAAAAGAAAAAACAAAAUAAAUCCAAUAGUAUGUGUUAAUAAAUCAUAGUGACUGUAGCUUUUUUGCAGAGUAGUUCAGUGUUCAAGACUGGAUGCUGUUCAGGAAUGCUAUCUCAGUGCAGCCUUUAAUGGAAAGCUCAUUCUCAUUUAAGGAUGAAGAAAGCCACAUUUGAUGACUUCAGACUGAUUUAAAUAACAAAUAUAAUUUGUUGGAGAAACACACAUUCUGGAAAGUUUUGUUUUAUUCUUUCAACUGGAAGAGGAAAGGAGUUGAGUUUAAAUGAAGUUAAAAAGUAAUGGGAUCCUGAAGGCCCUAGAGGUGCUUUCAUGCCUUAAUGCUCAGGUGAGGCCAGGUAUGGCCUCACACCUUUCAGCUGUUGGAGCUAGCUCUUCUGUGUUCUUCUCCAUGGUCUUUGCCUGGGACAUCUCCAUCUUGGAGUUUCCCUUGGUUCAGGGGAUUUUUGCUGCUUAGCUGAGCUUCAAGGCAGAAUUUAGUGAGUCGUGAUUUUGCAUAUUCCUGCUGCUUUAGGAACUGCAACCUGGGGCCAUAUUUUAAACUUUUGAGUUUUAUAUAUAUAUAUAUAUUUCUAGUUCAUUAUAGGUAUUUAAUAAGUUAAAUAAAUAUGUAUGUACAUAGAACAAAUAGUGUCUGUCUUCCUGCUUUAUUUAUUUGUUUUUAAGAUAAAAUUGGACAGGUUUUCCAGGGUAGUAGCACUGACCUGUAAUCCCAGUGGACGUGAGGCAGGAGGAUCAUGAUUUUGAGGCUGGUUCAGGCUAUGUAGUAAGACACUGCCUCAAAAAAGUAAAAUUGAACAGCUUUUUAUGGGUGGUGAGUAAACUAAUUCUAAGAGCAGUGUGAGAAAGUGUAUGUGCCUUCAGUGAUUGAAAGACUAUGAGACCCAGUUGGGACUUCAGUCAGGUGACUUGAGUUACCUAGUAGGAAUCAAAUAGAACAUAUAGUAUGUUUCUAUUUUACAAGCCACUGUCUCAUAGCCUUCACUAGAGUAAGUAUCUCAAGACUGGGGCUGGGUAGUUCUUAAAAUAUGGAUGGUCUUCUGAAAAGCCAGUGACAGACAGUGCCUAUACUUGUUGACAGAAGAGGAAACAGGAAGCAUAACCUUCAACAGAGCUAGGGAAAGAAUGCUUAGCUUAGGGCUUGAACCCUCAGCUUCAUGAAGAAUGGAGAUUCUAGGCCCUCAUGGAAAUUAACAGUCCACUCAUAAUGAAUGCAGAGCACAUAGCAGCACCAGAUUACCUGUGUCAGAAGCAAGCUGUGUUCGACAGGGAGUCAGUGAGGAAUGGGUACCCACAGUGCUGGUGACUUGACCAAGCUAUACUCCUCUAUGCUACUUGUUGUAGCUUCUUAGUGGCUAUGUAUAUGUUAAGACCACCAGUCCUCUGGUGUGACUUUUACUAGAAACUUCCUCAGUAAGCAGUACAAGAAUGGUUAUUUUUAUGGGCAGUAAGAGUCACUGGGAGCUGCUUUGUGUGUGUGCUGCAGCAGGGUGAACUAUGCCCAAGCCAAGAUUUGUUAUAAAAACUGCAUAGAGAGUUCUGUAAAAAUCUAUUUAUAGUAAGAAAUGCACUCCAACAUGUUGCCUGACUGGAUGGCAUUUGGGUUUUACAGGUCCCAGUAAACUAUCUUGUAUCCUUUUGUGGUUUGUUUGGGGGCAGGGAACUUUAUUCCUUUUGAGUAUUUUUGUUUAUAUAAAUAAAUUAUUUCAAAUGUGCAAUCAAAGAAUGUCAUCUCAAAAUAAAUGCAGUUUUGACAAAAAUGUUAA